AUGGCGGCUGAAUCUGACAGUGGACAUGUCAGGAUUGUAGGCGCUAUCGCGGGCGUUGGUAGUGGUGAGACGCGUAUGCAAUGUUCGCCCCCUGAAACAUACAAAAAUGCUGUGGACUGCUUCUCGAAGAUCGUACGGAACGAGUCCGUGUUCGCUCUGUACAAGGGCGCGACGCCGCCUGCGGUCGGAUGGGCUGCCAUUGACUCCCUUCUUCUGGGGUCUCUACACAACUACCGUCUGUUCUUGAUAGGACAAGGCCUGACAGAGCCCAUUCCUGGUUCGGAUGGGAAACGCCUGACGAUCGUCGGACAUGGCAUUGCUGGUUUGUUUGCUGGAUGGACGAGCGCCCUCCUUGCAACUCCUAUGGAGCACCUCAAAGUCAAGCUGCAGCUGCAGACGCAAAAGUCAGCCGCAGAUCGCGUGUACAAGGGUCCCAUAGACUGCGCGAAGCAGAUAGUACGAUCCCACGGCGUGCUCGGCCUCUGGUCUGGGUUUACGGGCAGCCUCGCCUUCCGAAGCAACUUCCUAUGGAUGUUCGGCUCCUUUGAGGUGCUCAUGAGGGCAUUUUCGAAUCUGAACGGGACACCUUACGCAGUGAGCACUCCAACAGCCAACUUCCUGUCCGGCGGUCUCGGGUCGUUCGUCUACUGGAUCAUGGCCAUCCCGGCCGACAACAUCAAGAAUCGUAUGAUGGCGACUCCACACGACCAACCAAAGCCAUCCUUUAGAACCACCGCCCGCCAGAUCAUCGCUGAAGGCGGCUACCGGGGUUUUUUUCGUGGGCUAGGACCCACAUUACUCCGUGCCUUCCCGGUGAACGCCUCCGCUCUAUGGGUAUACGAAGGCCUUAUGAGAUUGCUUGGUGCAGAGAAGGCGAACACGACACUGAUCUCCACACUACUCAUCAUCCUUACCACCGUGCUCCAUCUACAAGCUAUUUCGACAACGCCUAAUCUUCUAUACAUCGCUUAG